AUGUACGGGUACGCACACCCCGCCGCCCCGCCGUAUUGGCACGCAGGUACCUCAUCCACUGGCAUGGAAAGCCCAGGCUGCCCCCCUCCUCCCCCCUGCCUCCCCGGCGAGGGCGGCGGCGAAGCGAUGCCGUCCUCGUACAAGUCCCCAGUGGAGAUCACGCAUGGCACAGGCAGGAGCGAGAAGAGGUGGUGGACGGAACGGCAGACAGUAGACCGUAGACCGUAG